UGCGCGGAGUGCUGCCAUGUCCGGGCGCGGCAAAGGCGGGAAGGGGCUCGGCAAGGGGGGCGCCAAGCGGCACCGCAAGGUGCUGCGCGACAACAUCCAGGGCAUCACCAAGCCGGCCAUCCGGCGCCUGGCUCGGCGCGGCGGCGUGAAGCGCAUCUCGGGGCUGAUCUACGAGGAGACGCGCGGCGUGCUGAAGGUGUUCCUGGAGAACGUGAUCCGCGACGCCGUGACCUACACGGAGCACGCCAAGAGGAAGACGGUGACGGCCAUGGACGUGGUGUACGCGCUCAAGCGCCAGGGACGCACCCUCUACGGCUUCGGCGGUUAGACUCGAGGCGCAAACCUUAACCUUGUCAAAACAACUAAGGCUCUUUUCAGAGCCACCCACAAACCUCACAAUGAGAGCUGUUUGUUACUGCAUAUUUGAUUUCAAUAGCUU